AUGGCGAAGGUACAGGUCUUGAAUGUGGCCGUUCUAGACAACCCGAGCCCCUUUGGCAACCCGUUCCAGUUCGAGAUUACGUUCGAGUGCAUGGAGGACCUGCCCGAAGACCUGGAGUGGAAGAUCAUUUACGUGGGCUCAGCAGAAAGUGAAGAAUAUGAUCAAGUCCUGGACUCAGUCCUGGUGGGACCUGUGCCUGCUGGACGACAUAUGUUUGUCUUCCAGGCAGAUGCGCCAAACACAGGACUGAUCCCCGAGAGUGACGCUGUGGGUGUUACCGUCGUGCUGAUCACCUGCACGUAUCGGGGACAGGAGUUCAUCCGCAUCGGUUACUACGUCAACAACGAGUACACAGACCAGGAGCUCCGAGAGAAUCCACCCAUCAAACCAGACUACGCGCAGCUCCAGAGGAAUAUCCUGGCAUCCAACCCGCGCGUUACCAGAUUCCACAUCAAUUGGGAAGGCUGCGCCGAGCGUAUGGAGGACUCUGAGAAUGUGGACCCGUCAUCCAACUCCAUGCUCCCGCCGUCCUGUCUUCCCGGCAAAGCCCCGCCCAUGGGAAUACUACCAGAGAAUUCGAUGGACUGCUUGUAG